AUGGCACUUCCAACGGACUCCACCACCCGGUCAGGCAUCCGCAAACUGAGCAACGGCGAAUCUGUCAUUCCCGCAUCCACUCGCGCAGACGGCUCGGUUCGCAAGGAGAUUCGAGUCAAGCCUGGAUACAAGCCGCCAGAAGAUGUCGAGGUCUACAAAAAUCGAACUGCUGAGGCAUGGAAGAACAGAGGCAAGGGAGGUGUACCUGGCGCAGCCGCAGCAGAUGGUGAGGACUUGCCGCUAGCACCACACAAGGCCGCUGCGGCUGCUGCCAAGAACGCAAAGAGAAGGGAGGCCAGGAAGAAGGCCGCUGCAGAUGCGGCUGGAAAGGCUGACGGGGCAGAGCCGGCUGCUGCAGAUGGUGGCAAGGUUGCAGAUGAGCCAGCUGCAGAGAAGACAGCGGAAGCAGAUCCAGAGGCAGAGAAGGCCAAGGAGGCACGGAAGCUGGCGAAGAAGUUGAGGCAGGCUCGUGAACUGAAGGACAAGAAGGAACAGGGCGACAGCUUGCUGCCGGAGCAGUUUGCGAAAGUCAUCAAAAUCAACGAGUUGAUACGCCAGCUGGACAACCUGGGCUUCGAUACGGAGGGCGAGAAGAAGGAGCAGGUUGAAGAAAAGGCGGUUGACGACGAAGCGGCGGGAUGA